UUUUGGACGUCUGCUUGUCCUACGAGGAAGAUGCAGACGGUCAAAGUACGGUUGAGGAAGACACAGCCUUUAGCACUGCAUGUGAUGGCCCUGUUGGUAGUGGAGGUGUUGAGGGGUCAGUUGGAUCGACGGGUUCUGUCAGCCGUCGAAUCCCCCAACCGAUAACGGGACCUCUUUCCUCUGCCUCUUCACCGCUCUCCUCCGGCAGUAAGGAAUUGAAGGUUUUUGUCUCUGUUCGUGCGGGCGUCAGACAGUGGCACGCUGGUUUCCAGCCGUCCUUCAUCUGCCGCCUGGGUGUCCCACUGGCCCUCUCUGAUGCCCUGGACGUUUUUUCCUCCGAUAUAGCUGCCACAUCGCCCUCAGCUAGUACUGUGCACGUUAAUCCUCCGCCUCCAAUAUCAGCAAUCGCGCUGACUUCAGCCUACAGUCUUCUGGCGUUGGGCAACGAUGCGGGAAUAGCCUUGGUGGACUAUGGCCAAGCUGUUUGUCUUCUGUCCAUCUGUUUGCCUGACCUUGAUGGUAUGUGA